AUGGUGAAUUUUAAUUAUUUUAUAAUUCCAAGAGUAUGGAAAAACUUGUUUGCAUUGUUCAAUCUGACCGAUGAGAGCUACUAUGCUUUUAUCAAUGCCGAGUGGCCACCAACACUAGAUAGCUCCAGACAGAGCAUCUUUGAUUCAAAAGAAGGUCUAUACUCUCUGCGAUCGAUACUAUCGGAACUCAUCAAAGACAUUCCUUUUGUCAAUCAGAAAAUAACUCUUUCCCAGGAGUUCAUCAUAGCACUACAGUUUUGUGAGCAAGAGCAAUUCGUAAACUUUCAACAUUUCAUAGAGUGUUCUUCAAAUACACUAAAACAAUCAACAACCAUUGAAAAAGAAGAUGGAAAAGAAGAUGGAAAAGGAGAUGGAAAAGAAGUUAAUGAUAAUGAAAUAGAUCCAAUGUUAGUAGAUAGUAAUACAACUACAAAAUCAACAAAAACUAUUUGGUAUGAACAAACAUAUUUUCCUCUUGAAUAUGAAGAAGGUGAAAGGAACUUAAAAGAGCUAUGUGAACAUCUUGGAAUUGGCAAUGGAAAAGAACAACGUUUGAAACCAAGAGAGAUUGCAAAGCGACUACUGGAAUUCAAUAGACAGCUUAUUAAGAAGAUUGAAGAUGUUAUCGAUAUCUAUAGAUUGGAGGUCGUAGAGAGAAGACAAUGUGCAAGGAAGCUACUAUCAAAGUCAAAUGAAAAGGUUGAACCGACAAGACUCACCAAAGUACUGCAACUCUACAAUCCUGAAACAUUUAAAUUGAUGAAAUACAACUAUGAUGAUAAUGGUGAAUCGAAUGCAUUCGAACAGAUGAAAAACCAUUAUAGUGACAGUCCACAAUUUGAUUGGUCAACAGUGAACAAUAGUGUCUUUACGAUACCACACAGGGUGUGUCAAGCGUUAGAGGAAUUCAUGUCGCAUCUCUACGAUCUUACAGGUGAUCAGCUGGUCAAUAUCGACUUGGAAAAGUACGGUGUCUAUGCAGGCGGCGAUCUAGUUACUAAAGCACUGGCAUAUUCGCAGAGCAAUAUAUUCGAUGUUGCUAGAGCGGCAUCGGUUGAACUGACAUUGGAGUUGUUUGUUGUCAAUCAAUUCUCGUUGGUAGAUGCACAGUCACGUGUUUCUCAAUUGGUCGACGACCUCGUCGCACUUUCCAAUGGCAACGGUCGGAAGUACUCAGUGUUUGAUUCGGAACAAUCGAUUAUCCUUCGUUCACAAAACGGCUAUGGUAAAGCUGAUCAACUAGUUCCAAUUGUUAUUCACAAGAAUGUGUAUCGCUCGCUCUACGAGUUGAUAUUGCUGACUGAACUCGAUAGUAAAGCAGUCUACUUUAGCGGUGCCAAUGUAUUCCUUUCCUAUAGGACGGUACGUGCUAUCAAGUUGGGAAUAAACACCUACACCUUUAGUAUGUUCACCUCGGACUACUAUCAGGUGGAGUUGUAUGAGAAACUCGGUUAUCAAGCUUGCCAAUUUCCUCAGAAAUAUAAGAAGCGACCGCCACGUGUCAAUCAUAUCGAUCGACUGGAAAUGACCAGAGUGGCUCGAAGGUCGCGUGAGAUCAUCGCUGCUUUUGCAUCGUCGACAUUCCUCACUAAUGAAGUCAAAGUGAUUCCCUAUGAUAACGAUAAGAUUGUGUUGUACUUUGCAGGUAGAAACUCAGCUGGGUUGAAAGCCAGCGAUUUACCUGCAUUCAAAGAUUUCCAGUGGCGUGUAGAUAGACAACAACCAUUCGAUUAUCAAUACUUGGAUCAAACAUGUCAUGCUUGCAACAAAGAGAUAUCAAUGAUUCACCUGCAAACAAUAGCAACGACAACUCCUUCUACUUCAACUUCAUUCAUUUGCAAUAGAUGUAAUUGGCUACAACAAAACUACGAGGCAAAGUUUGCAUCAGUCGAUACUAAAUCAUCAAAUGUUGUACUAUUAGAUGUAAAUGAAUCUUCUGAACUUGGAUUCCUUCCGGUUCUUUUCAAAACUCAAACACGUAUAAUCAUAGCAACUAAAUAUCCAUAUCUAAUGAAAAAACAACUUGCCAAUGUAAUCAAUUCGCUACAACAACAGCUACAGAAACUACCAGCAAUUGUUAUUUACUACCUGGAUCCAGAAGUUGUGAACCGUACCAAUAAGUUUAUCAGUUGGGUGUACAACACCUAUAGGAAAAUCGAUGUAUUUCUUUAUAAUCUGUCGCCGCUCGACUAUCUUGAGUAUUGUCUAUCAGAGGAGAAGGAACGAGUCACCAGAGAGAUGCAUACAGAACAAUAUGCUCUCAAUAUCACCAUUGUGAAUGGCGAAUCAACACCGACCAAGACUGGCAAUACAAUGAAACAACUCUCAGCAAAGAUAUCUAAAUUCGACUUCCUAACACUACAGACACUUGCCUUGAUGGAACCCACACAGAUCAUCGAUCAAAUUGCCAGAGAGGUCAAAGAAAGAAGCGAUCGUAGCAUCACUGAAAUGAAUUGUGUUAUCAUAUUCUCAAAUCUAUGCUCAUCUAAAAGCAGAUUGUCAUUCCCAGAAGAUCAAGCAAACAACCUAAGAGAUUUAAUUCAUUCAAUGGCAAUUCAAUUACAAGAACAACAAAUAUACUUAUAUAAUCUUGAAUCUACUUCAACAUCAACAUCAACAACAAACGCUACAACUACUUCAACAGAAAAAACAGAAUCGUCAUCAGUAUCAUCACAUCGGAUUCUAAAGAUUAUCUAUAGUAAAUUAACUAAUACACCUCUUUCCAUUUCAAGAUUACAUAUUAAAUAA